GAAUUAGAUAGAUGGGUAACUGAUCUUGCGUUAAAAAUCAACCCUUCUAAAUCAGUUGCAACAAUACUGACUGAAAAUGAAUUGGAUAUAACCCCAAAAAUUAAUAAUGUGAAAAUUCCAAUUCAGAAAAAUAUCAGAGUAUUAGGUCAUUAUCCUUGGGAAGACCAACUUGUACAAGAAGAUAUUGAAAAAAGAAUUUCCCUGUUUGAACUUUCCCUAAAAUAUCUUCCAAUUAGAUCAUUAGAAAUAAGAAAUUUUAGAAAAGUAAUCCAAGCUAAAGUAUUGAGCCUAUUCACACAUAUUACUCGUAGUAAUGUUAUUUCAACCAAAUAUUGUGAUAGAAUUAAUAUUGCAAUUAGACAAGCAAUAAGAAGAAGAGGUAACUUACAUUCAGCUACAUCUACAGAUUGGUUUCACUUACCACUAGAUCAAGGAGGUCUUAAUAUCCCUAAAAUUGAUGAAUUUAUUGAAAGACUACACAUUAAGACCAUUAUGCAAUUGAGAAAUCAAAGAAAUACCCUUGUCAGAAAAGCGUUUAACUGGGGAAUUGAUAAUAUUUCAAAUUAUAAUUCAAUAUUCCAUCAAAUGAAUCAAAGUUUGAAGCAUUUUGACUUAACAUUUAAUCAAAACUCAAUAGAACCUUUAAGACCUUCAAUUCUACAAGGUCAAAACUUUGAAAUUUAUACUGAUGGAUCGAAAAUGGAUGAAAAUUCGACAGGAUUUGGUAUCUACUUUCAUAAAGGGGUAAUUGAAGGAAAUGAACAAUUAAGCUUUAAUAUCGAUGGAAGAUACUCUCAUAAUGUAGCUGAAUUGACUGCAAUUCUUAUGGCUUCUAAAUUAUUACCUAAUAAUUCAAAAGCUACUAUAUUUACAGACAGCAAAAUAUCUAUUGAUAUUCUAAAUCCAAGAUAUGAUGGGAAAUUUUCCAUUUUUAAAGAUGAAUUUUAUAGAACAAUAUUUGAUAAGAAUUUGAAAAUUAAAUUGGAAAAGGUAAAAGGACAUGUUGAUCCUAAUAAUAUAAUCGUUGAUGAAUUAGCCAAAAAGGGUUCGAAACAAUAUAAUAUUUCCAUUGAUAUUAGAAAGCUUCUUCCUAAUGCCAUGUAUUUAGAAAAUAAUGGAACCAUUAUAUUUGAUCUACAGAAUUAUUUGAAAGGUAUUCAAAGAGAUAGGAGAGCUACCAUUGCUAGAGAUAAAUCCAACCUAAUUAUAACCAAGGGAUGGUCCUCAGCAAAUAUCAAAUACCUAAAUUCUCAUUUAGAACCUUACACCAAAUUCUGUAUCUGGAGAAACAUGACAAAUAAUCAUAUUAGACAAUACAAACCCGUAAGCUGCUCGCACUGUGGAAGAAUAGUUGAAUUAGAACAUUAUAUUUAUUACUGUCCUGAAAUGAGUGAAAAGCGAAACUACUUCUUGAAUAAGUUCUAUGAAAUAACAAAAUAUAGAGCAAUAUUACAUGAUAGAAAUGAAUUUAGGUUUUCAAACAGAUGGAAAGGAUUCUUGAUUAAUCAUAGAGGAUUAUUAGAUGAGAACAAUCAAGAUGAAAUUAGAAGAAAAUAUCCAUCAAUUAUUAGAAACUGGGUGGAAAUUCAAUCUUUACUGUCGUUACUUGUUGGUAAAGCACAUAAGAGAUAUUAUCGUGAUUUUCUUAAAACAAGAAAGAAAAACAAGAAGAAAACCAAAGAAUAAUCUAUUUCGAUUUCUAAAAAGAUCCAAUGGGUCUUUAAUAAAGUUCAAAAUAAUUUUUUUUU